CCCUCAUUGAUCCCAGCUGCUCGCCUGCGAUUCCCUUCUCCGGCGGCCGCUUCUCCCCUCGUCUCAGUGGUGACUGACUCCUUCGCUGCGUCUGAGUGGUGGAAGCUCCGGUUGCGUGGCGGAGCAAAGAUAGAGAAGAGCUUGUGGAUCCCCGCGCCUCGCUAUGGUUAUAAUUAGCCGGAGAAGUGCCACUGAAUUGAACUGAGUUUUCUACCUCAAGGUAAUUGGAGUGUGUUGUAAACACAAACACAUGUUGAAACACGUGCUUGGCAAAGUCCUGGGCGGCGAAGUUCUGUCAAGUUCAACCAGAAAGCUUGGACCUUUCUCAAAUGCAGCGAUUGUGGGAUUCCAUACUGGACAGCAGGCACACAAUGCCCCAAGAAGCUUCUUUGGGGUAGAGGAUUUUGUGGACGAUGAAAACAGCAGGCCGUACACUUUCCAGAAGGGCAAAGUAUCAAAGAACCCUAACAAGAACAUAUCUUUCAAGCAAAGGACGCAGGCAUUCUUGGAGCCAUUCACACUGGACGUGUUCAUCUCGAAGCGAUUCGUGUCAGCGUCGCUCACUCACAGGGUGACGAGCAAGCAAGUUGCAGUGGCUGGGACGAACUCCAAGGACAUCAAGGCCGUGCUGCAGUCGAGGUCGGACAUUCCUGCCUGCCUGGCCAUUGGCCGGAUUCUGGCCGAGAGGGCAAGGGAAGCUGACGUUUACACUGCUGUUUACACUCCCAGGGAGAGGGACAAGUUUGAAGGGAAAAUUAGAGCUGUGGUUCAGUCUCUUAUUGAUAAUGGGAUUGAUGUUAAAGUUUAUCUGGACUGAUUGACUCUGUCUUUUCUUUGUUUUCAUUACGAAUUUUGAUGUCUGCAGUGGUUGGUUUGUAACUUGUAACCGAUGAUUCUUGUAAAAAUCGUAUUAGAGGUUGUAGUAGAUAAGUCAGUGAUGGAGUAGUUUGUUUCUAAAUCGUGAUUUAAUCGUGUCACAUCAAUAAAAUAGCCCACCAACUUGAGUUCCGCAGUGUCGUUUGGAUGAGGAAUUGUAACAGAUCAAUUUGACACAAUUGUCUCGUUUUGAGAUAAUUGUACCAAAUUACC